AUGGAGCCGGAGAAGAGCAGUCGAGUGAAAGUCCGUUCACUGCUCAGUGUAGUGUCUUGCAAGCCGAUUGAGCCGGGGAAGACUUUGAAACUUUCUUCUUUGGAUCAUGCACUGGGACUUCACAGUGUCCAUGUCGUUUUUUACUACGAGUCAAAUCCAUUUGACGAAGGUCCACACUCAACGGACAUGGACAAUCUCCGGAUCGCUCUCUCGGAUCUACUGAAUAAGUACCCGAAAGUAACGGGUCGGUUGACCCGAGAUGUGGAUGGAAAUUGGGAAGUUAAGUGCAAUGAUGCUGGUAUGAGGAUUGUGAGGGCUGAAGUAAGCUCCACCAUUGAUGAGUGGUUGAGAUCUGCUGAUGCUUUGGAGGAGCGAGAUCUAACGGUGUGGGAGGACAUGCCGGAAGAUCCAAGUAUCUGGUCACCAUUUCGAAUCCAGAUAAAUAAUUUCAAUUGUGGGGGUUUGGCAAUUGGCCUCAGCUGUAGUCACAUGCAUGCGGAUCUCACAAGUGCAACGCUGCUUUUCAAAUCAUGGACCGAAUUUCAUCGAGGCCAACCCUUAACUUACCAUCCUAUUUUUCAUCUCCCUUCAACAAAUGGUCGAUCUUCACAAGAUACUCGCACCGAAUCAACUGAAUUGUAUGCAGCAAAAUCCACAGUCGAAACUAACCCUGUGAAAAUGGGCACGGCAACUUUAAGAUUUCCCGAUUCAUCAAUCAAGAAAUGUCUCUCUCGAGUCCACUCCAAGUGCGAGAAUGCCACUCCCUUCGAUCUGCUCGUCGCAUUGUUUUGGUCCCGUAUUGCAAGGUUGAAGAAACCAACAAAUGGGGUUAAGCAUUCCUUAUCCUUUUGCGUAGAUUUGAGAAAGCAUUCAAAUAAGUCCGUCCCUUUUGGAUAUUUUGGCAAUGCAUUGAGUUUUUCAUCACUGUCUUUGAAUACUGAAGAAUUGUUGGAAAGUCAUGGACUAGGCAAUGUCUCGAAGCAUGUCCAUAGGCAUAUGGCCGGUCUUGAGGAUGAAUUUUGGUCAGCUCUAGAUGUGUUUGAUACGCGCAAGGAAGAAGGGACCAAGUUUGCUCCACCAUUUAGAAUGUAUGGCCCCGAACUUACUUGCAUUAGCAUGGAACACAUGAUAAAUCCCGAGGGUCGGUCGAUGACAUUUGACACGAUGUUCAAGGAGGGUGAGAAACCCGUUCACGUGAGUUAUCAACUGGGGAACGUGGAAGGUGAAGGGCUAAUUUUGAUUAUGCCUGCCGCUGAAGAGGGGCUUGGGCGAAUAGUAAGGGUGAUGCUACCGGAGGAACAGAUUGACAUGCUACUCAAGGAUGAAGUCAUACUAGAUUUAGAGCCAACACUUACUCCUUAG